AUGCACCGCUCCUUGCUGGUCCUCGCCGGCCUUGUGCCGUCGCUGUGCGGCGCCUCUGUACUCCGUCCUCGUGACCGGCAGGCCGGCGUCCCCGACGACGGCGCCCCAGCGCCGCCUCGGAUCACAACAGCCCCCGUCGUCCACGUUCGUGGCUUGCCCGGCAUCCUCCGCGGCAUCCAUGACGUCGACCGGCGGGCCGCCGCCGACAGCGUGCCCGCGUGCGCCGCGCCGUGCAUUGAGAGCGCCCUCACCGACGACACGACGUGCAGCGCGCACGACUUGGCGUGCGGCUGCAAGUACCAGAACGCAGUCGCCAUUGAGACGGCCGCGUCGUCGUGUGUCGAGUCGGCGUGCGGCUACCUGGGGGCGUUUAGCGCGUGGGUGACGCUCGAGAGCAUUUGCGCGACGUAUGCGUACACGGACGCAUUCACCAAUGGAUACACGGUGCCAGGCGGGACGGCCACCGUGACCAAGACCAACGGGGGCGGCGCCACAAAAACGGCGCCGGGCGGCAGUGGUGCAGGGGCGACGACGACUGUGACGGCCGGUGCAGGCAGUUCUGGUUCUGGUUCUGGUUCUGGUUCUGGUUCUGCCUCUGGCUCUGGCUCGAACAUGGACUCUGUCUCGUCCUCCUCAAAUGGCCUCUCCAAAGGCGCGAUCGCGGGCAUUGCUGUUGGUGCGGCCGUCGGUGCCAUCGCCCUCUGUGCUGUCCUGUUUCUUGUCUACCGCUACACGAAGCGCAACAACGCACUCUCUGCGGACGGAGCUGCGGCCGCCACGACGUCAGCGCCGUCGCACCCGCCUGCUAGCGGUCCAUCGGGCAAUGGCAGCGCCGCCAAUAGCAGUGCCAGUCCCCUGCGUGCUGCUGCUGUCCCCGUCUCGGGCGCCACUGCCGCUGUUGCCGUUGCCCUCCCGGCCGGCCAGAACGAGCUCGACGGCAAGUCGUCUGCGGUUGUCUCGACGGUUGGCUCGACGCCCACGCCCCCGCGACCGUCUGCCAGCCCGUCCAGUCCUGCCAGCGUGCCGACAGUGGGUCAGACGCCCACGCCCCAGCUGUAUGACCAGAACGGCGUGCCUCUAGAUGCGGCCGCCGUGGCUGUGUGGCAGCAGCAGUACUCCCAGCAAUACGCCCAACAACACCCGCAGUAUGGAGCGGCUGCCGCCCAGCCCUACCUUGUCCAAGGAUACAGCAUUACCCCGGGCCAGGCGCCGCAGCCGCAGACCGUCGUGGCACCGGCCGGCUAUGCGGCUGCACAUCCAAGCCUGCCCGUGCCGGGCGUCGUCUACCAAGAAGCGCCGGCCGGCAUUCCGCAGGCGCAGUACCCGCACGAGCUGCCUGGACAAGGGGCAGGGGCCGGUGCUGCAGACAUGGCAUCGCCGGUACCGCAGCAUGUCGUGCCCGUGGCCGUGGGACCGUCGGCGGCGUUGCCUGUGGCGGCGGCACCCUCUACAGCAACCCCAAUACACAAGGCGCCGACGCCUCCACAGGCGUGA